AUGGUUAGGACUAGAGGAUUAGGUCGUGCCUUAGGUGUGGGCAGAGGAGAUCGUGAUGAUUUCGAUGAUGCUCCGCAGCGUCGACGGCCUACUGCAUCCGCACGGAGGCAGCGAGUCGCUGUGACUGCGGAUCACAUCGAUGAGUCAGUCAUCCCUGCGCCAGAUGUUCAGGAUGACCCGAUGGAGGUACCAGCUGCUGUGGAGGACAUUCCUGCGGACACAAGCGCAGAGGCGGCUGAGGAUCAACCUCAGGGAUUUCCGGGUGGUCCGAGCGGUCCAUCUGUGUUGACAGUGUAUGCGGAUCACGUUGCUUGCAGCGUAUGGACGGGAGAAGAGCGUCUUGAAUUGAAGCUAUCCUCUCAUGGGAGGAAGGUCCACAGUUUAGGCAGGCCUGUCCCUGCCAUUGAGGGACUUAUUGCUGGUACAGGACUAAGUCCUCUGAUCGCGUGUUCGAUAGACACCGGCGAUCGGGGACUUUUGUCCGCGUUUGUGGAGCGGUGGCACCGGGAGACGUCUAGUUUCCAUCUCCCGGUGGGAGAGCUCACCAUCACAUUGGACGACGUCUCCUCUCUUCUCCAUCUUCCCGUUAUUGGCGACUUACACGCAUUUGAGCCCUUGCACUUGGACGAUGCGGUUCAGAUGCUGGUGGACUUGUUGAUGGUCUCUCCAGAGUCUGCUAGGGCUGAGACAGUCCAGUGUCGCAGACUGUACGUACGCCUGCAAUGGGUACAUGAUAUAUAUCAGUGCCGAUGCCAGGCAGGUCAUUGGACAGCUGCGGCUCGCGCAUAUCUUCUUCACCUACUGGGUUGCACUCUGUUUGCUAACAAGAGUGCAACCAAUUUCCAUGUUGUCUACUUAGAGGCCCUUCGUGACCUCAGUAAGACAGAGAGGUACGCCUGGGGAGUGGCUACUUUGGUUCAUAUGUACGACUAG